AUGUCUGACGCCAGGAAAUCCGCCCUUCGUGAGCUGAAGGCGCAGAACAAACUCCCCCAUGUUGGCAUCGUAGGAGCUGGUGUUUCCGGACUCAGGUGUGCAGAUACCCUGAUCCGCAAUGGAUUCCAGGUCACCAUUCUUGAGGCCAGAGAGAGGAUUGGGGGGCGGGUCUUUCAACAGGACAUAGGUGGCCAUGCAGUGGACAUGGGCGCCAACUGGAUUCACGGCACGAAGAACAACCCUAUUGCACUCCUUGCCUCCAUGACUGACGCGGAUCUUGUACCCGACGAACCCGACGCUAUAUUUUUUGAUUCCGUGGGUGAGAGAAUACCUGCGAAUAAGGCAGAGCACUGCGUCCAACUUGUCGCGGAUGCUUUUGACAAAGCCAUCCAACACAGUAAAAACCUCUCGCCAUCCAUCGACCCUCGGAGAAACGUCUUAGACUAUGUGCUAGAGAUAGUGAGACGAUCGCCUCUCGAUGCCGAGUCCAAGAUUAUCUGUGAACAAAUGAUACACAUGUACAACUCGGAGAUUGGAGAUUGCAUUGAAUCCCAGAGCCUGAAAUACUUUCAUCUCGAAGAUGGCAUGGAUGGCGACGAUGCUUUCGUCGCGUCGACAUACAAGAAUAUUCUUCAGCUCAUUAGCAAAACUGCGAGAAGUGCUGCUGCCAUACAGCUUGGCCAAGAGGUCGUCAAGGUGCAAACGUUCUCUCGGAACUCAGACAACAAAGCCGUUGCCGUUGAAUUGGCGGGUGGCCAAGUCAAGACUUUCGAUGAAGUCGUCAUUACAUGCCCUCUCGGCUGGCUGAAACGACACAAGUCUGCCUUCAAGCCUUCUCUGCCCCUCCGACUCGAACAAGCAAUCGAUAGCAUCGGGUAUGGUGCCCUUGAAAAGGUCUUUGUUUCGUUUCCUACUGCCUUCUGGCAGAAAGCAAAUGACAAAACCGGUGCUGCUUCCUCCACCCUCGUUUCGAGAGAAGAAGCUUCGAGGUUUAUAUUCUGGCACUUCUUGAGCCCAUCAUACCACCCUCUAACAAAGUAUCUGGGCUCUUGGACGCAGGAGUUUGUCGCCCUUUCCGGGCUUCCGGGUGCUCACGCUCAUCCAACUUUAGUCUUUUACGUGGCUCCUCCCUGCUCCCGUCAUCUCAUGCCGUCUUUAGCAGGCCUCGUCCCCCACUCGGACGCAUACAACGACAUUCUUCGUUCUUUUACGGAACCAUUUUACUCUCGCAUGCCAAACUACGAUGUUAGUAGCCCUGCUUGUCGCCCGACUUUCUUUCUUGGCAGUCAGUGGCAGAAUGACCCCUUUGCAGGAUAUGGAAGCUACGUGAGCUUUCAAGUUGGGCUGGAGAGAGCGGAUGAAGACCUGAAGGUCCUGCGCUCCGGUGGAGGAAGGGGAGCAACGGGCGGCAACCUGAUGGGUAAUGACCGCGGUGUAUGGUUCGCUGGAGAACAUACCGCUCCGCUGUGCGGCCUUGGAACGACGACGGGAGCUUGGUGGAGUGGUGAAAGGGCAGCAAGAGACGUCCUCGAGGUUUACGGCAUGAAGAAGGACAUGAAAAAGGAUGGAAUCGGUCCGGUGAUAUUAUAG